AUGGCAAUGAAUAUUAAUUCAGGAAUUUCUGAGGAAGAAUUGGAGAGAAUUAAAUCAGAGUGGAUUAUUCAACAGGAUGAAUUGAAGGAAAAAUUGAGUAUUCGUGAUGAGAUUGAUUUUGAUCCGAAUGAUUUGGAUUCUACAUUAAAGUUUGUUGGAGGAGUGGAUAUAAGUUUUGAUAAGACUGAUCCGAGGGAUGCUAUUGCAAGUUUGAUUGUCUUGUCAUUUCCUGAUUUGAAAGUUGUAUAUGAAAAGUAUGAAAAGGUGAGAAUGGCUCAUCCAUACAUUCCAGGAUUUCUUGCAUUUAGAGAAGUUCCACAUUUGAAAAUCAUGAUUGAGGAAAUGUUAAAUUCAACACAACCUAAACCACAAAUCAUUCUAGUGGAUGGAAAUGGAAUUUUGCAUCAGAGAGGAUUUGGAUUAGCAGCUCAUUUGGGUGUUGAAGCGAAUAUUCCAACAAUUGGAGUUGCCAAAAAAUUACUAUACGUUGAUGGAUUAACAAGAGAAGGAGUUAAAGAGCUAGUGGCAGAAAAAUUAAAGAAAAAGGGAGAUUAUGCAGAUCUAAUUGGAGAAACUAGUGGUCAAGUAUUAGGAGUAGUUCUGCAACCAACUGAUAAAUCCAUCAGACCAUUGUACGUUAGUAUUGGCCACAAAGUAUGUCUCGAUACUGCCAUCAAAGUUGUGACCAUGACUUGUAUCCAUAAAAUUCCAGAACCAAUCAGACAAGCUGAUUUACGAAGCAGACAACUGGUAGAUCAACAAGCCAAAUCUCAAAAGAAGUAA